AUGGUCCUUGACAUUUUUGAGCAUGUUGGGGUUCCUUUGGUGGAGAAUUGUUUGGCUGGUUUCAAUAGUUCUGUCUUUGCUUAUGGACAGACGGGGAGUGGGAAAACGUAUACUAUGUGGGGUCCUGCCAAUUCUUUGGCUGAAGAAAAUGUAGCAAAAGAGCAACAAGGACUUACACCCCGUGUUUUUGAGAGACUGUUUGCGCGCAUAAAGGAAGAGCAAACAAAGCAUUCUGAUCAACAGCUCAAUUAUCAGUGCAACUGCUCUUUUCUUGAGAUAUACAAUGAACAGGUCACAGAUCUGUUGGAUCCGAGUCAAAGGAACCUUCAGAUUAGAGAAGAUGUCAAAUCAGGUGUGUAUGUUGAGAAUCUUACAGAGAAUCAAGUGUCUACAAUGGAGGAUGUUACUCAGUAA